UGCAUUUUUCAUUCAAAUAAAAUUGUAUGAUGUCAGUGUGUUAAAAAUUUUUCUGUUUUAUUUUAUAUUUAUUUAUUUUUUAAACGAGAUUUAUAAACAAACCGAGAAUGUUUUGAAGACCGCCGAAUAAUUUGUGGUAAUGUCAGGGCUUAGUAGCGGCGGCAUGGAGCCGGAAGAGCCAAACAGCAAAGAAAAGAAGAUAAAUGAUGAAGUUAUAUCAUUUUUACUAAAGCGCAGUGAACAUGACAUACCCCAAUACUGUACUCGAAUAAAGACCUACCUAGAUGUUAAAAGAAGGCGCCAGCGGGCGAAUGAAGCGCGACGCAAUAUUGAGAAUGAAAAAACAAAGAAGAAAACUGAAGACACAAAAGACAUAAACGCAGAGGACAAAGCCUUUGUGGGCAACGAUGACGAUGGUGAGAGCAAAAGGAGUUGCCGUGUAAAAGGCGAGCGCUCCCGUCCCGAGUCACGCAAGCAGGAGCCCGUAGACCGCUGCUGUCGGCGGAGGCGCCGUCGAUCAUGUCGUCGUAGACGCAGGCGCAGUUGUAGUCGGCGCCGACGCCGUCGACGCCGUCGCAGCUGUAGUCGCCGCCGCCGGAGAAGAAGCUGUCGACGCAGAAGACGCCGACGCCGCUGUAGACGUUAAGCCCCGAUGUUAACCAUUUGUAACCGAUUUUUGGAGCGUUUAAUUUUUAUGAAUAAAUUAUUGAUGUCCGCUA